GUUCAAGAGCCGGAGCAAGCAUGGCGACUGCAUGCUUUUUUCCCGUCCUCGGAUCAGGACUGCUAUGGCACCCUGAUAGUCCAUCUACAGUGGCUCCUUUGAUUCAUAGUCAGUGUCUGCGCCAUUUCAUAUUGAUAGCAUUUGACAUGGCAAGAGUACUUCAAAUCACGCCUCGUAGAAUCCAGUAUGCAAAGGAAAAAGAAGUAGAUCUGUUUAAAAACUUAAUGAUGAUAGCAAAUGAAAAACAAGAAGAAAUAACAUAUAUAAUUAAUAAGAUACUUCAAGAUGAGAAAGGCCAUCUAUUAGAAAAGGCAAGCAACUACUGUUUUAAAAGCAUCUCAGUUUCUGACUCGGAGGAGGUGAAGUCUGCACAGGUUGUUAACAUGGCUACAGUCGAGAUUCAAAACCUUGUGCUCAACUGGCUCAAUAGUUGUGUGGCAAAUAAGCUAGUGCAAUCUAUCAACUGUCUCCAGGACUCUAUUGUGGGCACCCUCCAACGCUGUGUGGAAAGUUUGGAGAAGAAUUGUCAUGAUCAGGAGCACAGUCUACAGGCUAGUGAUGCAAUAAAGCAGAUACUGAAUGUUGCAUACAAUGUGGAAGUGAAUGCUUCAACCUCAGCCUCGCUGUUGCACUCAUUUCUUGAGAGGCUGCGUACACUCCUUCAUGGACUACAGCUACCCUGGGUCGCUGCUCCACGACUGAAUGCUGUUUGGAGAAAGAAAGUUGCAACGGACAUCUUGAAUUCCAUGAAUCCUUCACGACUAGCAAAAAGUAUCUCAGCCCAAUUUCGAGAAAGAGUACGAGCAUCUCAUCAGUCUUUUCAAGUGGCAAUUAAGACUUUGGAAAAUCAUUAUUCAGGUCACUUGGAAAGAACGGAGAAGCAGCGUGUUACCAUCCGGAAGGUUUAUGCGCCGCGGAUGGCACGUCUGGCACUGGAGAGUACAUCGAUGUGUGACAUGGUUCAGUAUGGUAUGCCAGUUCUGGGUAAAGAAAUUGGCCGUGGGCAAUAUGGCGUCGUGUUUGCCUGUGAGUCGUGGAGCGGAGCAGGGCCUUGUGCAGUCAAGUCUGUGGUCCCUCCAGAUGAAAAACAUUGGAAUGACCUGGCUAUGGAAUUUUACUACACUAGAACCAUUACAGAACACAAACACAUUGUGAAGCUACGAGGAUCUGUGAUGGAUCACAUGUACGGUGGAGGCUCUCAACCAGCAGUUUUACUGGUCAUGGAUCGAUUAUGCAGAGAUCUGUACUGUGGACUUCGAACAGGUCUGAAGUGGCUGACACGCUUGCAAAUCGCCAUUGAUGUUGUGGAAGGGAUGCGUUACUUGCAUUCUCAAGGCCUAGUGCACAGAGACAUCAAGCUGAAAAAUGUUCUGCUGGAUGAAGAAAAUCGAGCCAAAUUGACUGACUUAGGGUUUUGCAUUCCUGAAGCAAUGAUGUCCGGCAGUAUUGUGGGCACCCCAGUGCAUAUGGCACCUGAGCUUCUGUCGGGUCAUUAUGACAGCAGUGUUGAUGUUUAUGCAUUUGGCAUUCUGUUCUGGUACAUCUGUGCUGGCCAUGUUCAUCUUCCCUGCUUGUUUGAACAGUUUCACAACAAAGAACAACUGUGGACAAGUGUGAGAAAAGGAAUCCGGCCAGAGAGGCUGCCUCACUUUGAUGAACAGUGUUGGCAGUUAAUGGAGCAGUGCUGGUCUGGUGAACCGAGGCAGCGACCACUUCUGGGCUACGUGCUGCCUCUUUUACAAUCCAUCAGAGCCAAAUACUCCAAAAAAUGCAGCAUAUGAUCGAAGUUCGGACACACUUCAUUGCGUGUUAAAGUAUUCCAGUGGAUUAAAACCACCUUCCCACCUUCCAUGUUGUAUCAUAACCUACCUGAAGAAAAAUAAGUAUUAACAUAGUAGUUUUAAUGCAUUGCUCGUAAUACGUUUUUUGUUUCAUUAUGAAAGUCGGUGUACUUUUUGUAACGUUUGAUGUCUUUUUUAGCCAUCAAUAAUUUGUAUAAAAUAAAUGUACAUAUCAUAAUUGGUGAUAAAAAUUUUAGCCAUAUUCAUUAAAUUUUAAUCAGUUUGCACAUGAAAUGCUCAUGUGAAUCUCAAACCUAACCUUUAGUAGAGUUUGUGGAUGGUCCAAAGUUUGUGCAGUAGCAGCUUGUGAAUUUAAAAAAAAAUGAGUUCACAUUUUCUAUUGUGAUCUUUAAAAAAAAAGAAAAAAAAAUUCAACAGAAUGUCAAAUCAUCUUAGCCAGAAUAUUAUCCUUGAUCCUCAAAAACAUACAGAAUGCUAACGGAUAAUAAUGGUAACACCAAACAGGUGUUAGCCGCUAGCCAAUGUAGUAAUCCUGAAACAGAAUCACGAACCGGAAACCUGAUUCUCAAAAAAGCCAGGUGUUAAGUUUCAGCACACUUUGAAUAGUACAUUUCAAGUACUAAAACUUCCAUAGGAGAUACCACUUUUUUCUACGCCAUGAGCAGAUAGCCCUGAAAAUAUGCACUAAUCUGUUGUGCAUUACAACUCAAAGUCAUAGAGUGAACAUCAGACAUCCAUGCUAAAAUAAAAAACAGUUUGAACUACAAUGGUACCACAAAUCGCAAAUUUACGUAGACAAUUAUAAACAUAUUUUUUGAAAAAAACUGGGUGUUCUAGUGCACUUAUGCUCUUCCAUACCAGCUGCUGCUGCUAGUGUGUCAGGUGGUUUUGGUGUUGACAUCUCAGGUUAGUGUAUGUGAAUAUAACAACACACUGGCCGUUGCUCUGUAAAAUUUACCCUAUUUGUAUUGUGUACUAACUUUACUCUAGCCACAAGAGUAACUGGUGGGCAAAAUAGUGGAGCAACAUCAUAUUGUGUUCUGUGAUGACUAAAGACAAGAUUUUUUGGUUUUAUUUUUAGUUCAAUUUCAUUUUUUAAACAAUUGAUUUCGGUUUUAUUGUUUUUAUUUUUCUAAAAGCUUUUUUGUAAUACUUACUUCACCAAAAUAGUGAAAUUAAUAUGCAAUGUAUAAUGAUGCAUUUUAUGAUAAAAUAAUUUGUAAUAGGGGUCUGAAACAGAAACAUUCACAACAAUAAAAAUAAAUUAGUGAGUAUUUGUAGUUUAAAAAUGAUUCAAUAAGAGAUGCACAAUAAAACAAAGUAGAUUAAUUUUUCUGAUCCAUAUACUUUGGUGCAAUUUUUUCCUUGAAAUUACAUUUCUUGAAUUUCAAACUUUAAAAGAUUACUUUUGUUAUGAUCUGAAUUGAGUUUUGGUUAAAUGCUACUUAAUUCCAUCGUAUAACUUGCAUUUCAGUGCUAUGUGGUGUUUUGACAUGCUUUUUGGUGUUAUUUCUGUUUUUUUGCAAUUCACCAUACAAUCUUGUCAAUAGUGAUGACAUACAAUGAAUUAUGUUGUUUAUUACCAAACUUGGAAAAAUUAACAAGAAAUCAGAUAAUUUAAUUGGAGUUCAUGUUUGUUGAAAUAAAGUUUAAAGUUAAGGAAUAGAAGACUGAUUUCUGUCAAGAUAAUAUUGUUACAACAAUUUUUUACCAAUAUUUUAUUUAAAAAACCAAAAAAUAUAUGUUAAGAUGGGGUAAAUUAGUAUUAGUGGAGUAAAAUCAGAGGUGAAAAUUUUCAAAUUUUUUUUCACACUCUUAGAUUGCUUAGAUCAAUAUGAAAUAUGUCAGUAUGUUUCUUACAUAUUUGGAACCAUUUGGGCAUACAACUUAAAAUUGAUAUUAGUAGUAUAAAAGUCUGUAAAAUUUUGAACCUUUUUCUCCGAUUUACCUUAUUUUAUCUUACUUCCUCCAAUACAUAGUUCAAAAUAAUACCACUUAAGGGGGUGCCUCCUAUUUCAGGUAAAGAUUUUAUAUUUACAGUAAUUACAGAUAAACUUGUAGACUUUUUCAAUUGUUUUAACGUUCCUGAAAUGAAAAAUAUAUACAAUGCAAACUUUUUGCAUAAUUAGCUGCCAAAGUUACAUUUUUAGCGUUUUUGGGUUGUACAAAUAAGGAGAAUUUAAUUUAUUGCGGAGCUGAAACUUUUUAGGUUUAACUGCAAUGCCACUGGCUACUUCAAGAAAUGGUUUGAAUUUCUUUCAGAAAAUAUUAAUUAAUUUUACCUGGCAUUGAAACAUUCUCAAAUUUGCUACGAUUUUGACAGCCAAGAAACAUGAAAUGAGUUUUUGUAACUGCAAUGCAAACCUUAUCAUGAAGUAGCCAGUGUCAUUGCAACUAAACCUAAAAAGUUUCAGUUCUGCAAUAAAUUAAAUUCUCCUUAUUUGUACAACCCAAAAAUGUUAAAAAUGUAACUUUGGCAGCAAAUUAUGCAAAAAGUAUGUGCUUUUUUUUUUCAUUUCGUGAAAGUUAAACAAUUGAAAAAGUCUAAAAGUUGAUUAGUGAUUAAUAUAAAUCUAAAAUCAUGACCUGAAAUGGGAGGCACCCCCUUGAGCUAUUUUCAAAGACAAGUUCUCAAGCAUGAAAAAUAUUAAUUUACAGUUCUGUGUGCAUUGAAAACUUGGGCAGUGUAAUUUUUUUCUUUUAUUUGUGACAGUUUCUUUUGGUUGAUGGAUAUUUUUGAUGUGUUGCUCUUGAUUUUAUCUAUUAAUAACAUUAGUCAUUUUUUACACCCUCCCUAAACAAAAUAAAUGGUAUCAGAUGGACUACCUGGGAGAAGUUACCUAUGUGUUGCAACUCUUUGGUCUCCGUCAGCCUGUAUGUAUUAUACUGCUAGCCAACAUUAUAUAUGUGAUGGCUGUCACAUAAUAAAUAUCUGCCAUCUUCCCUGCCAUGGAAUGCUCAGGGUACAUAAAACCUUGACUACAUGGCCCCUCAAAACUAGCUAAGUUUUAUUUGCUAACAGAAAAAUUAUUAUUUAAUAAUCUAAAAAGUUCAUAAAUAUAAAAAAAAUAGUAUGUUUAAAAUGUAUCUUUAAUAUUUACUUUUAAUGAUUAAUUUUUUAAUAUUUAUGUCCAACUCUGUUUGUAACUUAAAUGUUUUAGUGUUUAUUCGAACUGAAAAUUAUUGAAUGCAAAUGUUAAUUAUUAAAGUUUAUUUUUACAAAUUUUGGUAGCAUGUGUUGUUUAAUUUGUGUUAGUAAAAUACAUUUUCUGUCAUUAUUGCUUAUCAGUUUUUUAGAGAGAUAGUUUCUUGUA